GAUCAGCAUCACUCCAAGCGGUCAGACGCGCGCAUUUCGAGAAGGUGUGUUGCAAAGAGGUCUACGCAAAUCGCUGUAUAUACCGACCGAGAGAGCGGAGGGUCGUCCAAGUGCGUUGCGUGCUGUGCGUCUUCUAGGCUUGUCGAACUGUCUUGUACGAAGGUGUUGUGUACCGAGAGUCAUUCGUCCCAGUGCGUUGGUGCUGUACGUCUGUCCACGCGUCUUUUAAACCAUGGGAGGUGGAAGUGGAGUGACAGUAUUUUUAGCCCUCUGGGCUGGAGCUACAGCUCAAGUAAUACUAUAUGGUCCUCUGGAUCAAACCGUCCAAUUAACCAGCAAGCAGAAUUUCAAUGUGAGACAGAUGGUGGUAUCACUGAGCUGGUCUUCAAUGGAAUACCAAGACAAGACCUCCACAGGAGGUGGAAGAUGAUCUGGAAGUCGUAUCAACUAAUACUGAUAAGGGCACUUCAGUGGAGACUCUGACUUCCCAGCCAGACCUGAGUACAAUUGUCAUACCGUUCAGUGUGUGGUACUGAAAUUCUGGUGUUGACUAUGUCGAGAGUGAGCCUGCACCUUGACAAUAAUUGAAGGUCUAUCCUCAUCAUCUGUGGUUGUUCUCAAGCUACAAACGCUUGCCAGCUCAAGGACCAUUUCAUGGCCAGCUACUCUUUCCCCAAACUCCAGCAAAAGCAUUCCAACUCCAAGCAAAGCAUUCUUCAAACUUCGAGUGUAAUGAGUAAAACCUCUAGUGGAAAUGGAGACGUCCACAAAGAGGACAGUAAUGUUAUUGCUGGCUCAAUUCUGGCUGCUGGAGGCUGCAUAGGGACAGGUGCUAUUGUCAUCAUAAAGGUUUUAGAUCUUGCAAAAGAAGGCAAAAACUGAGCAAGAACUGGGGUGGGUUCUGAGGAUCGCUCCUUUACACUGCUUGUUAAAGCUGAGGUCGGCUUUGUGAAUGAUAGCAGUCUGAUGGAGAGUGAUGAGAUGGGACCCAGGACAGGAAAAGUAGCUCCUCUGCCUCUGAGCAGAGCAAAGCACAAUGCCCACCUCUCCCCACAACCAGGCUAAUCAAGAUGCUGGCAGGUGGCGGUUCAUCUUCCAGUGAUGUUGAAAUAACCCGGAGGAAAUUGGACUGGAAGUAUGUAAACCUUGGUGACUGUGUUUGUUUAUAUAGCCAUCUGAAACUCUGUGCCUCUCUACAUUGUAGAGUCUGCUUCAUGCAGUGUUGGCGGCAGUGAUAGUGUGUGGUGGUUACAGGAGUGCACCAGCAGAAACCCCACAAUGACAGCAGUGAUGGUGGCCUCAGGGGAGGAAAGGAAUCUAUAUUAGGUGGCUGUCCAGGACAGGAGAAGGCAGCCACAAUGAACUGCCUUACUGGUCAGCUCCCAGCAACGACAGCCAGGGAAGCAUGAACCCUGAGGGGGAGAAAAAUGUGAGUGCCAAACUGAUGGUGGGAACGAUGGAUUUGUUUGGACUAAUCCUACGUAUCUAUAUUAUUUCCAAGAAGAGAUGUGCUUCAUCCAUUCUUCUCCUUUGAAUGAUUUUGUGUAUUUUGGUGAUUUUUUGUGCUGCUCCAUUGCGAGAGACAAAAUGGAGGAGUGGUUAUAUUGUAAACAAGACUGUGUGUUAUGCAAACCUCAUUGAGAAAGAACAAGGAAAUGAGGAGUUUCAUCAAUUUCCAGUUGCUGAAGAUAAAAAUGCUGGAGAAAAUAUUCUCAAAGGAAUUGCCCCACAGGAGUGCUCUAAUUCUCAUAAUGCCGAUAUCACCAUGGUAUCUGGGAGACAAGGCAGUGUGGGUACCAGUGUGCCAGGAACUUUGGGUCUGAGGCCUGAGCCACUGCUGGAGGAGACUAAGAAUGCAUCUUCAUUGUUCCUGGGUCAAAUCCAAAGGCCCCAGAAAGUACCCCAUUCAAAGCCACUUGUCCAGGCCACACAUUUGGUAAGCAAGUGCCGCAGGAGGAAGAAAGGAGGGACGACUCCUGAAAUCUGCCAGGAUCCAUGGCUAGGCAAUUACCAUGUAGAGCUCAUAAAGUCAUUGCACAUUAAUGUGGAUCUCGGAUUUGGAAACUGUAAUGAGAGCUUCUAUGGCAGUUCCUGUCAAUAGCCUUGGCCUGUAUCUCUAGACCAGCCACAGCUGCUAUUGAAACAGCAAUAUACUAUGUAUACUAGGUACAGCAUCUUAUUCCUAAUGCACCAUUCUUAGCAUUAUAUUACUAUGUACUUUUGUAGUCUCCUAUAUACGGUUUGUGCUAUACACUGUAUUCCUUUCCACACCCUGGUAUAAUGACAU